GGUCCCUGGCUCCGGGGCACUGGGAAGAUCGCGAGUCGUGCGCGUGGGAAGGUCCUCCCCUGUCCUCCCGCUCAUCUUUGCUCCCGAGGAGCAGCAUAUUUCGCAUCUGCCUGAGGUUAGAGUUACUCGUUAUUGGUAAAUAGCCAACUAUGGAGACUAAGGACCAGAAGAAACACAGAAAAACAGUGGACCCAAAGAUGAAAAGAAAAAGAGGUGGCAUCUGCAGGAUCUUCAGCUAGGAGACGAAGAAGAUGCCCGGAAGAGAAAUCCCAACGCUUUUGCAGUUCAGUCUGCUGUGUGGAUGGCUCGAUCCUUUCACAGAACUCAGGAUUUGAAGACCAAAAAAUCAUCAUAUUCCAGUGGUUGAUCGAACUCCACUAGAGCCCCCACCAAUAGUGGUAGUGGUGACGGGCCCCCCAGAGUUGGAAAGAGCACUUUGAUAUAAUGCCUCAUUCGGAACUUCACCUGGCAGAAGUUGACCGAGAUCAGAGGCCCUGUGACGAUCGUGUCAGGUAAAAAGCACAGACUCACCAUUAUUGAAUGCAGGUGUGACAUUAACAUGAUGCUCUAUCUGGCUAAAGUAGCAGAUCUGGUUGCCAAGCUGUUCUACCUUUCUGGAAUGGUGCAUGGAGAAUAUCAAAACCAAGAAAUCCACAAUCUGGGCUGUUUUAUUACAGUUACGAAGUUUAGGCCUCUCACAUGGCAAACUUCUCACCCUUAUAUCCUGGCACACAGGAUGGAAGAUUUGACAAACCCGGAGGAUAUCUGAACACGCAUCAAAUGUGACCGGCAGGUGUCACUUUAUGGUUAUUUAAGAGGAGCACACUUGAAAAAUAAAAGCCAAAUUCACAUGCCAGGAUGAGGUGGGGCCCAGCCAUGAGCUGGUCCAGAGUCUCAUCUCCACCUACUCCACCAUUGAUGCCAAGAUGGCUUCAAGUCGAGUGAUGCUCUUUUCCGAUUCCAAACCAUUUGGGUCAGAGGCUAUAGAUAAUCAAGGUGUCAGAGAUGGCGUUAGAUUCCCCGUUCUGUGUGCUCCUGUCUGGCUCCUGAACCCAGCUGGAGAUGUGUGUCAAUCCCAACUGGUGAAGUACUGAGAGGAAGCUACACAAAAGGCAGCAAGGUAUUAAUAAAGCUGAGUGGUGUCAUUGAGCAAACACAAAGUGGGGCUCAUCCAGGGAUGAGAUUUUGCCAGAGAGAGGAUGAGCAGCAAGUCAGGGAGCUUAAGGUAAUUAUGAGAAAGUGACUAUCUAAAAUUGCUUAGGUAGAAGGAGACAGAUUAGAUUUUUGUGUGUUUGGUAUUUGGGGUAAGAGGGAUGUGGGUGUGUACGUGAGAUGUGUUGUUUAUUCUCUCUCUCUCUUUUUUUUUUUUUUUGAGAGGAAGUCUUGCUCUGUCGCCCAGGCUGGAGUGCUGUGGCACAGUUUUGGCUCACUGCAACCUCCGUCUCCCGGGUUCAAGGGAUUCUCCUGCCUCAGCCUCCCAAGUAGCUGGGAUUACAGGCACCUGCCACCACGCCCGGCUAAUUUUUGUGAUUUUUUUUUAGUAGAGACGAGGUUUCACUAUGUAGGUGAAGCUGGUCUCUAACUCCUGACCUCAGAUGAUCCACCCACCUCGGCCUCCCAAAGUGCUGGGAUUACAGGCGUGAGCCACCGCGCCUGGCCUGUUUAUUCUCUUAAGAGAGAAAAUGAGGGGAUUAAUGGACUGUAGUUCUGGACAAGGUGGAAAACAAAGUGGAAGUAUUGGGGCAAGGGCUCUAACAGGCUAGGAUGGUGCAGUCAGUCCCUUCACCCACAAAUCAGUAGAAUGUUAGCAGUUCAGACUCAAACCUUGUGAAAAACAGGUGGUGGAAAGGAAAUCCCUCACAGCAACUGGCACCAUAAUCAAGACAGAAUGUUUGCAGAAUAAAUGGAGUUACCUGCUUUCAGCCCCAGGUAGUAGCUAUUGUCUGCCCUGAUGAUAUGUGAUAAUAAUUUGUGAUCCUGUUGUCUUAAAAUGGGGUCACUCAUCUCCAGUAGAAUUAAGUCCACAGUGAAGUUGUCCCACGAUCCCCAAAAAGAUAAACAUAUAUGAAUGAACUCAUGUGAUAACAACUACUGCUGCCUGGGAUCAUGAGAGACCUGAACUGAACUGAUAGGAAGUGAAAGGUGGCUGAGAUAAUGAGAAUAGACCCAUCUGCAGAGGAUCGUAAAACCAGCAAAGACAAGGUCUUGUCUAAGAUGCCUUCACAAGCUUUGCCCAUGAGAACUCUAAGGAUUUCUCCAGACCUCUUGGCUGCUGCUGUGAUCUCUGCCCAAGAGGAGCCUCUGACCAGCAUCCAAAGGGCUUCUGGACCCACGGGACUCUUCUGGAGGGUCGACCUCGAGUUUGACCAGCAACAGGGGUUGCUGUGUCCCUCUGAAUCUGAGAUCUAUGAGGCAGGAGUUGGGGACAGGUUGGCAGGAGCGCCCAUGGCUGCUGCUGUACAGCCUGCUGAGGUGACUGUUGAAGUUGGUGAGGACCUCCAUAUGCACCACAUCUAUGACCGGGAGAUGCCUGAAGCUUUGGAGUUUAACCCUUCUGCCAAUCCAGAGGCAAGCACAAUAUUCCAGAGGAACUCUCAAACAGAUGCUUUGGAGUUUAACCCUUCUGCCAAUCCAGAGGCAAGCACAAUAUUCCAGAGGAACUCUCAAACAGAUGUUGUAGAAAUAAGAAGAAGCAACUAUACAAACCAUGUAUCUACUGAGCGUUUCAGUCAAAAAUGCAGCUCGUGUUUGACAAUAUUCCUUGAUGACAGCACAGCCAGCCAGCAUUAUCUUACAAUGCCAAUAAUAUCUGUGACCUUGGAGAUACCUCAUCAUAUCAUGCAAAGAGAUGCAGAUAGAUCUUUGAGCAUAUUUGAUGAGCGGUUAUGCUCAUUUACGGUUUCCACCGUGCCCAUUACCCAGACAAGAAAUGGAGGUGGGAGUUUAAAUAACUAUUCCACCUCCAUUCCAUCAACUCCCAGCACCAGCCAGGAGGACCUUCACAUCAGUGUUCCUCCCACUGCCAACACACCCACGUCCAUUUGCAAGCAGUCCGUGCGCUGGUCCAACCUGUUUACAUCUAAGAAAGGGAGUGACCCAGACAAAGAGAAGAAAGCCCCGGAGAGUCAUGCUCACACCGUCGGGAGCGGCAGAGCCAUCCCCAUUAAACAGGGCAUGCUCUUAAAGCAAAGUGGGAAAUGGCUGAAGACAUGGAAAAAGAAACAUGUCACCCUGUGUUCCAAUGGCAUGCUCACCUAUUAUUCAAGCUUAGGUGAUUAUGUGAAGAAUAUUCAUGAAAAAGAGAUUGACCUUCGGACAUCUACCAUCAAAGUCCCAGGAAAGUGGCCACCCCUAGCCACAUCGGCCUGCGUGCCCAUCUCCGGCUCUAAAAGCAGUGGCCUAUCCAAGAACAUGAACGGUCUACGUAUCUCAGCCAAUUCAGACACUGGGCUGGGUGACUCCAUAUGCAUGAGCCCCAGUAUCUCCAGCACCACCAGCCCCAAGCUCAGCCCGCCCCUGCCUCCUCAUGCCAAUAAAAAGAAACACCUAAAGAAGAAAAGCACCAACAACUUAAAAGAUGAUGGCCUGUCCAGCACUGCUGAGGAACAAGAAGAAACGUUUAUCAUUGUGUCCGUCACUGGCCAAACGUGGCACUUUAAAGCCACGACGUAUGAGGAGCGGGACGCCUGGGUCCAAGUCAUCCAGAGCCAGAUCCUGGCCAGCCUGCAGUCAUGUGAGAUCAGUAAAGGCAAGUUCCGGCUGACCAGCCAGAGCGAGGCCAUGGCCCUGCAGUCGAUCCAAAACAUGCGUGGGAACUCCCACUGUGUGGACUGUGAGACCCCGAACCCUAAGUGGGCCAGUUUGAACUUGGGAGUCCUCAUGUGUAUUGAAUGCUCAGGAAUCCACCGCAGUCUUGGCACCUGCCUUUCCCGUGUGCGAUCUCUGGACCUGGAUGACUGGCCAGUUGAGCUCAUGAAGGUCAUGUCGUCUAUUGGCAAUGACCUAGCCAACAGCAUCUGGGAAGGGAGCAGCCAGGGGCAGACAAAACCUUCAGCAGAGUCAUCAAGGGAAGAAAAGGAGCGGUGGAUCCAUUCCAAAUAUGAGAAGAAGCUCUUUCUGGCCCCAGUACCCUGCACUGAGCUGUCCCUGGGCCAGCACCUGCUGCGGGCCACCGCUGAUGAGGACCUGCGGACAGUCAUCCUGCUGCUGGCACAUGGCUCCCGUGAGGAGGUGAACGAGACCUGUGGGGAGGGAGACGGCUGCACGGCGCUCCAUCUGGCCUGCCGCAAGGGGAAUGUGGUCCUGGCACAGCUCCUGAUCUGGUACGGGGUGGACGUCACGGCCCGAGAUGCCCACGGGAACACAGCGCUGACCUAUGCCCGGCAGGCCUCCAGCCAGGAGUGCAUCAACGUGCUUCUGCAGUACGGCUGCCCCGACGAAGAUGCAGAUAGAUCUUUGAGCAUAUUUGAUGAGCGGUUAUGCUCAUUUACGGUUUCCACCGUGCCCAUUACCCAGACAAGAAAUGGAGGUGGGAGUUUAAAUAACUAUUCCACCUCCAUUCCAUCGACUCCCAGCACCAGCCAGGAGGACCUUCACAUCAGUGUUCCUCCCACUGCCAACACACCCACGUCCAUUUGCAAGCAGUCCGUGCGCUGGUCCAACCUGUUUACAUCUGAGAAAGGGAGUGACCCAGACAAAGAGAAGAAAGCCCCGGAGAGUCAUGCUCACACCGUCGGGAGCGGCAGAGCCAUCCCCAUUAAACAGGGCAUGCUCUUAAAGCAAAGUGGGAAAUGGCUGAAGACAUGGAAAAAGAAACAUGUCACCCUGUGUUCCAAUGGCAUGCUCACCUAUUAUUCAAGCUUAGGUGAUUAUGUGAAGAAUAUUCAUGAAAAAGAGAUUGACCUUCGGACAUCUACCAUCAAAGUCCCAGGAAAGUGGCCACCCCUAGCCACAUCGGCCUGCGUGCCCAUCUCCAGCUCUAAAAGCAGUGGCCUAUCCAAGAACAUGAACGGUCUACGUAUCUCAGCCAAUUCAGACACUGGGCUGGGUGACUCCAUAUGCAUGAGCCCCAGUAUCUCCAGCACCACCAGCCCCAAGCUCAGCCCGCCCCUGCCUCCUCAUGCCAAUAAAAAGAAACACCUAAAGAAGAAAAGCACCAACAACUUAAAAGAUGAUGGCCUGUCCAGCACUGCUGAGGAACAAGAAGAAACGUUUAUCAUUGUGUCCGUCACUGGCCAAACGUGGCACUUUAAAGCCACGACGUAUGAGGAGCGGGAUGCCUGGGUCCAAGUCAUCCAGAGCCAGAUCCUGGCCAGCCUGCAGUCAUGUGAGAUCAGUAAAGGCAAGUUCCGGCUGACCAGCCAGAGCGAGGCCAUGGCCCUGCAGUCGAUCCAAAACAUGCGUGGGAACUCCCACUGUGUGGACUGUGAGACCCCGAACCCUAAGUGGGCCAGUUUGAACUUGGGAGUCCUCAUGUGUAUUGAAUGCUCAGGAAUCCACCGCAGUCUUGGCACCUGCCUUUCCCGUGUGCGAUCUCUGGACCUGGAUGACUGGCCAGUUGAGCUCAUGAAGGUCAUGUCGUCUAUUGGCAAUGACCUAGCCAACAGCAUCUGGGAAGGGAGCAGCCAGGGGCAGACAAAACCUUCAGCAGAGUCAUCAAGGGAAGAAAAGGAGCGGUGGAUCCAUUCCAAAUAUGAGAAGAAGCUCUUUCUGGCCCCAGUACCCUGCACUGAGCUGUCCCUGGGCCAGCACCUGCUGCGGGCCACCGCUGAUGAGGACCUGCGGACAGUCAUCCUGCUGCUGGCACAUGGCUCCCGUGAGGAGGUGAACGAGACCUGUGGGGAGGGAGACGGCUGCACGGCGCUCCAUCUGGCCUGCCGCAAGGGGAAUGUGGUCCUGGCACAGCUCCUGAUCUGGUACGGGGUGGACGUCACGGCCCGAGAUGCCCACGGGAACACAGCGCUGACCUAUGCCCGGCAGGCCUCCAGCCAGGAGUGCAUCAACGUGCUUCUGCAGUACGGCUGCCCCGACGAAGAUGCAGAUAGAUCUUUGAGCAUAUUUGAUGAACGGUUAUACUCAUUUACGGUUUCCACCGUGCCCAUUACCCAGACAAGAAAUGGAGGUGGGAGUUUAAAUAACUAUUCCUCCUCCAUUCCAUCAACUCCCAGCACCAGCCAGGAGGACCUUCAUAACAGUGUUCCUCCCACUGCCAACACACCCACGUCCGUUUGCAAGAAGUCUGUGCGCUGGUCCAACCUGUUUACAUCUGAGAAAGGGAGUGACCCAGACAAAGAGAAGAAAGCCCCGGAGAGUCAUGCUCACACCGUCGGGAGCGGCAGAGCCAUCCCCAUUAAACAGGGCAUGCUCUUAAAGCAAAGUGGGAAAUGGCUGAAGACAUGGAAAAAGAAACAUGUCACCCUGUGUUCCAAUGGCAUGCUCACCUAUUAUUCAAGCUUAGGUGAUUAUGUGAAGAAUAUUCAUAAAAAAGAGAUUGACCUUCGGACAUCUACCAUCAAAGUCCCAGGAAAGUGGCCACCCCUAGCCACAUCGGCCUGCGUGCCCAUCUCCAGCUCUAAAAGCAGUGGCCUAUCCAAAAACACGAAUGGUCUAUGUAUCUCAGCCAAUUCAGACACUGGGCUGGGUGACUCCAUAUGCAUGAGCCCCAGUAUCUCCAGCACCACCAGCCCCAAGCUCAGCCUGCCCCCGCCUCCUCAUGCCAAUAAAAAGAAACACCUAAAGAAGAAAAGCACCAACAACUUAAAAGAUGAUGGCCUGUCCAGCACUGCUGAGGAACAAGACGAAAAGUUUAUCAUUGUGUCCGUCACUGGCCAAACGUGGCACUUUAAAGCCACAACGUAUGAGGAGCGGGACGCCUGGGUCCAAGUCAUCCAGAGCCAGAUCCUGGCCAGCCUGCAGUCAUGUGAGAGCAGUAAAAGCAAGUUCUGGCUGACUAGCCAGAGUGAGGCCAUGGCCCUGCAGUCGAUCCAAAACAUGCGUGGGAACUCCCACUGUGUGGACUGUGAGACCCCGAACCCUAAGUGGGCCAGUUUGAACUUGGGAGUCCUCAUGUGUAUUGAAUGCUCAGGAAUCCACCGCAGUCUUGGCACCUGCCUUUCCCGUGUGCGAUCUCUGGACCUGGAUGACUGGCCAGUUGAGCUCAUGAAGGUCAUGUCGUCUAUUGGCAAUGACCUAGCCAACAGCAUCUGGGAAGGGAGCAGCCAGGGGCAGACAAAACCUUCAGCAGAGUCAUCAAAGGAAGAAAAGGAGUGGUGGAUCCAUUCCAAAUAUGAGAAGAAGCUCUUUCUGGCCCCAGUACCCUGCACUGAGCUGUCCCUGGGCCAGCACCUGCUGCGGGCCACCGCUGAUGAGGACCUGCGGACAGUCAUCCUGCUGCUGGCACAUGGCUCCCGUGAGGAGGUGAACGAGACCUGUGGGGAGGGAGACGGCUGCACGGCGCUCCAUCUGGCCUGCCGCAAGGGGAAUGUGGUCCUGGCACAGCUCCUGAUCUGGUACGGGGUGGACGUCACGGCCCGAGAUGCCCACGGGAACACAGCUCUGACCUAUGCCCGGCAGGCCUCCAGCCAGGAGUGCAUCAACGUGCUUCUGCAGUACGGCUGCCCCGACGAGUGCGUGUAGUAUCUGUUUUAUUUGACUGCAGUCUCCUUGGUGCAAAAAUAAAAUGGGAAAAAUAAGGAUAACUCAUAAUUUCAAAAGGAAAUCACAAAUUCAGCUAAUAAUAGCAUUUUCAGUACUUUUCGUAAACUAAGUAAAUACACAAAAUGUUGAUUUUUCUGACCAUAAGACAUAUUUUAUGUCCUUUUGCCAAGGUGGAUGUGUUAGUCUUAGGCCCUCCUGGGCCACAUUGCCCAAGUCACACAGGCUUCUGUAUUAUGUAUUUAGAUAAGAUGUGUGAAAAUAGAUUUGAAAAAACGUUCAUAAAUAUGCAUUGAUUUUUGUA